AGCCCCAAAAAAGUCCCAUAACCUUCUCCCAGUGGAUAAUACUGAGACCGAAGCCUUGUGAAUUUCACUACCCGCGUUCUUCGAUUCCCUAUAAAUAAUCUUCAUUUUACUGAAAUCGUUCAUAGUCCUGUCUGUCUCAGAGCAUCUUCUCCAAGUUUUGCAUUUCCGAGAGUGAAGUUUUCUACAAUCAUCUCUCGAAGAACACCCAUGGCUGCUGUCGUGGAAGAAGUUCUACCUCCGUCGUUGAAUGCCACCGCCGAACAACCUCCUUUGUUCGACGGAACUACUAGGCUGUAUACUGCUUACAUUUGCCCAUAUGCUCAACGUGUGUGGAUCACCCGGAACUACAAGGGACUACAAGAUAAAAUAAAGCUAGUUCCUCUCAACCUUUAUCACAGGCCUGACUGGUAUAAGGAGAAAGUAUACCCUACAAACAAGGUGCCAUCUCUGGAACAUAAUGGGAAAGUUAUUGGAGAAAGUCUUGAUCUGAUCAAAUAUGUCGAUAGCAACUUUGAAGGACCUUCUCUUCUCCCAGAUGAUCCUGCUAAAAGAGAGUAUGCUGAAGAGUUGCUAUCCUACAGCGAUACGUUUAACAGCGCAAUAGUCUUUUCAUUUAAAGGCGACACCGCAAAGGAAGCAGGUGCUCAAUUUGAUUACUUGGAAAAUGCUUUGCACAAAUUUGAUGGCCCCUUCUUCCUUGGAGAGAUCAGUCAGGUGGAUAUAGCAUAUAUUCCAUUUGUUGAAAGGUUCCACGUUUUCUUAUUUGAGGCUUUCAAGAUUGACAUCACAGAAGGAAGGCCUAAACUAGCUGCAUGGAUUGAGGAGCUCAAUAAGAUUGAUGCGUACAAGCAAACAAAAACAGAUCCCAAGCUAAUUGUUGAAGCUUAUACAAAGCGAUUUUUGGGUUAAAGAGGAAGGUUGAAGAGAUGAUACGAAUAAACAACUACUUUCUAUUUCCUUUCUAUGUAUUUUGGUAGUGUUUGAAGUGAUGUGAAUAAACAACUCAAUAUGUGGACGAGAAUUUUUCGAUGUCUUGUAGUUUCUAUUUCCUUUCUAUGUAUUAUGUUGGUGUUUGAAGCGACUAGUUUGUAUAAGUUGCGUUAGUCCAUGUCUUAGGAAUAAAAUUUGAGUUCUCAAAAUGUUAAGUUAUGAACUAUUUUCCUCUUCAAUUAUUAUUAUUACUAUUAUUCUUGUUA